AUGGGUGUAGAAUCUGCAAAUUGGGGAAUUUCGCCUUACUUCAUUAAGUGGAACGAGGGUUUUUUGGUAAGUGGGAAGCAAUUCGCUAGUGAGGUUUUUCUGGGGACUGCUUUGAUGCAUUUCUUGAGCGAUUCUAAUGAGACAUUUGGGGACUUGACUGAAAAAGAAUACCCAUUUGCAUUUACGUUGGCAAGUGCUGGAGGCCUUGGCAGCAGGGAUGAGUGGGCUGAAUUUCAAGGAGACUGGUUGAAAUGGUGGUUGUGGCAGAUGGCAAUUGCUGGGCAGGUGGGAAGUUCAUGUGUUCAUUCUCCAGUUCAGGAAAUCAACAGAAAUAGAAGAUUUGUAUUUCGAUGGUGGGCAGUAGUGACGGAGAUGGGGACGGAGUGUGCAAGUGUGUGGGCGGGUGGUUUCACAGCUGGUGUGUGGCAGGUGAUGGGUUCGGGCAGGAAAAGCCGGUGGAGAGUGUGGAUAAGUCUCAUCACUGCUAACGGGGUGGAGGAAUUGUCAGACUGGUUUGGAGUUCUCUUCGAAAUUUGA